AUGAGUGAGCAGGAUGUGACCUACUCAGAGCUGAAAUUUCAUAGUCCUAAUGAACAGCAAAGCAGACAGAGAGCUGAGAAGGCCAAGAAUGAAGAUUCUUCCUCUCUGCCUCCACACCUGCAGCUCAUUUUAGUGAUUCUUGGAAUCUUCUGCCUGGUUUUGUUGGUAACAAUAGGUGUCCUGGGUGCUAAGGUUCUCCAGAAUGAAAAUCCCAACAAACAACAUGAAUUAUUGGAAAACCUCACCCAACUGCAGAACUCUCUGGAAAUCUGCCAUCAGCAAAAAGAUGAUCUCCAAGCAAAGAACACAAACCUCACAAAUAUUGUGAACAUUAAAGUUCUGCAGAACAAAACUCUCAACAAGCAAUGUGAAAUUGUGGACAAUAUCACCCAACUGCAGAAAACACUGGAAAACUGCCACCAGCAAAGAGAUGAUCUCCAAGCAAAGAACACAAACCUCACAAAUAUUGUGAACAUGAAAGGAGAUAAAUGCAGACCUUGCCCAGAGAGCUGGAUACAGCAUGGAGAGAAGUGUUACCAUUUUUCGAAGGAAAUGAAAACAUGGCACAAGAGUAAAGAAUACUGCUCUUCUUGGGGAUCCCUACUGCUUAAAAUAGAGAACAAGGAAGAGCUGGGUUUCAUAAAGUCUCAGGCCUCAUUUCACUGGAUUGGAUUAUCCCGUACGGCAAUCGGUCAUGGCUGGGUGUGGCAGGAUGGCACAGCCCACUCCACUGACCUUUUUCCAGUAAAGAUACAAGAGCCUGGAGAAAAAUGUGCACUUUUCAAAGCUGGGGAAGCCUUCUCCCAUAACUGUACAGGCCAAUAUCGCUAUAUUUGUGAAAAGAGGGCUACUCAGAAAAAGGCUACUGAACGGGCACAAGGAAGAUUCCAGUAUCCACGGCAAUCAUAA